AUGGGCAAAUCUACCGUCAAAGAACAGGCGGAUGCCGCCGCCUUGGCCGAGAAAGCUCGCAAGGCCGAGAAGAAGGCUCGCAAGGCCGAGCGUAAGGCUAAAGAAAAGCUGGCCAUUGAUGGCAAGAACCCAAUCUUAGCCAAGAAAGAAAAGUUGCUUGAGAAGCAGCUCCUGGAAAUCGAGACGAAGCGUCUCCAAAACUUGGCCGAGUCGACCAAGCUUGAGGCUGAGGCCAAGCAGUUGCUUCAGCAAUCUGAGGAUGCCAGCAAGUUAGCUAAGCGCGUGGCCAAGGCUCUCAAGAAAACCACCGAUGGUGGCGACAGCCAGCUACUCUCCAACCUUGUGCAUGAUAGUGAUGCGGACUCUUCGGACGAAAAGGACAUCGAUGAUGCCAUGGAAGACACCAUUGCCACCCCCAAGACCACUCUGAAGGCAAAGGCCAACGAUGCCCACGAGGCUUCCGAGAAGGAGAACAAUAGCGAGAAGAAGAAGAAGGAUAAGAAAAAGAAGUCAAAAUCCAAGUCUGAGGAGAGCAACGCCAUCGAAGAGCAAGCGACUAGUGCCAAGGCCAAGGCUGAUGGCAAAAGAAAGCGACAAGACGACAAUGCUGAGCAGCCAGUCAGCAAGAAGGAGAAGAAGACCAAGGGAGGAGAGCAGGUGGCGCAGGCCUCCACCGAAAAGGUCAAGAUCCAAGGCCUCGAAGGAGGAGCUGCUCGACAGGAUAAGUUCCUCAGACUCCUUGGCGGCAAGAAGGCCGGCGUCAGCGCCACCAAGCCAGGCAGCAUCGCCUCCAACCAGAGCAAUUCGGUCCGCGCCGAGGCAGCCAUCCAGCAGCAGUUCGAGGCUGGCAUGAUGCUCAAGGAGAGUGGCCAGAAGCGCCGCGGUUUGGGUGCGUAG